AUGAGCGAUCGUACCGACGCGGCGAGCGCCGAGGGCGUCGCGGGCGACGCGCCCGAGGUCCAGAUCCGCGGCGCCGCAGCGCGCGCACAGGCCGCGGCAUCGCCGACGGAUACAUGCGCCGCUCCACCGCCCGCCGACGGCGCGCCCACGCCCGAGCCGUACACGCCAGAGGCCACGAUACCCACCGCGUUCCGCCCCCCUGCGCGCGGCGCCGACGGCGACCCCGAGUGGGGCCUGGGCGAGGAGGUCGCUCAUGGUGCCGACGAGACACUUACUUUAAAGCUCGCGCACUUUCACAAACUCAAAGAGCAGGGCACGCACUUUAACGCGACACUCGCACGCAACCGCUCGUUUCACAAUCCGCACAUCUAUGCCAAGCUCGUCAAGUGGGCUGACUUGGACGAAACCGGGAGCAACUACGUGCCGAUGGCGCGCGCCGCCCACUCAGAGCCCUCGUGGGACGUCCAGUGCGCCGAGGUCGUGCGCGACGGCAAUGCGGCCCAGCUAGCCAAAACCCAAAAGCAGUACGUCGAGGGGCGCGAGAGAGCGCAGGCUUCCGGCCAGCGCUCGCACAUCGACUUUGCAGGGUCGCGCGAGAGGAGCUCGCGGCGCGAGCAUCCGUACCGUAGUCGUCGGUGA